AUGUCCAUCUACGACUUCCAGGUGAAGGACAGCGACCACCAGCCGUACAACCUUUCCCAGCACAAGGGCCACCCGCUUCUCAUCUACAACGUGGCCAGCAAGUGCGGCUACACCAAGAGCGGCUACGAGACAGCCACGACGCUGUACGAAAAGUACAAGGGUCGCGGCUUCACUGUACUGGCGUUCCCGUGCAACCAGUUCGCUCACCAGGAGCCUGGCACGGAGGCGGAGGUGAAGACUUUCGCCUGCACGCGCUUCAAGGCAAACUUCCCCAUCAUGGAAAAGGUGAAUGUGAACGGCGAGAAAGAGCACCCGCUGUACUGCUACCUGAAGAACGCCUGCAAGGGCAUCCUCGGCACGACGUUGGUGAAGUGGAACUUCACGUCGUUCCUGGUCGACAAAGACGGCCAUGCCGUGCACCGCUUCCCGCCCGGCGCGACGGUAGAAGAAAUCGAGAAGAAGCUGGUACCGUUGCUGGAUGCUGCCAAAGGUGCCACAGAGACAUCACCGAGUAGCUAA